CCUGGGAAUCCACACCGUUCAGCCCAUGCACUCAGCCCUGACAACUGCACCCCUUGCUAUCCCAGAUCUGGACCUCUUCUGAGCGGAGACUGCCAAACUACGUGGUGAGGAGUAUGUGGUGCGCAGACCACACAAUCUCCACACUUUCGAACCCAAAUCUCCAGAGAUGAAAGGCCCCUCCGUGAACUCACCACUUGCAGCACCACCCUCUAUCUAACUCCCCUUCUUUCAGGCAGGGAUUUCGCCUGCUUGAUGCUUGCAGCUUCCCCCUUUCUCUCCCUCUGGGCUUUUACAUUUCUUCCACUCUGACCCAUUAGGUAUUUACUGACAGCGCAAUGUGACUUUUAACACCGGUUCUCCAUGUGCACUGCCCUGCAGAAUUGGGCCAGAUAAAACCGCUUCCCAAACCCAGGGGCUGGACAUUUUCCUCCCUCUCUACCCUCUCACUGUAGCAGCCAAGCGAAGGAUUCCGCUUUCUUUCUCUCUUUCUUUUUCCAUCCCUCCCUCCGUUAGUGCAAGACGCAAGAUCCUGCCGAGGGAAAGUGCUCAUUGAAAUCAUCACCACCACCGAUCCUGCGCCUGAGGCUCAGAGGAAAUAAAACCCCUUUAUAGCCAACCUCCUGCGGCUGAGGACUUAAUAGCAUGGCAAUGGCUCCAGGCUCUAAGAGAUUCACACUCACCUUUAUCCAGUACAUGGGAUCUGUCUGUUUCCUCCUCCAGAUCGUCUCUGUUGAGGCUGAUGGGAAGUUGUUCACAGUUGAAUCCAGAAACAGCUCUCAGGAUCUGGACCUAACCGCAGCUCAGAAAUUGUGUACUGACCUGGGCGCUCGCUUAGCCACUGCAGAGGAAUUGAGACGGGCUGUAGUGGACUGUUCUUUUGCUGCAUGCACCAGAGGUUGGCUGGCCGACGGUACCGUUAGGACAAUGGUGUGCAGUAAGACAGGCAGCAACCAGCAGAGUGUGAAAGCUAUCGAUGUUAACAUUGAAAAUGAUCCCUCUCCAAGUGGCAGAUACAAUGCAUUUUGUGUAAAAGAUGAAGAUAUGACCUUGAGAUCCCAGCCUCACUCCUUGUUAUCUCCAGCUGAAUGGCUACGCAGAAUUAGAAAGUGGCCAUGAAGAACUAAAGAGGACUUUCUGCAUGAUGUCAUGAUGCACUCCGCGGCCGAAAAAACAAGAAUUGAAGGAGUGGCAGGACAGUGAGAAGAGGGCCCGAAAGGAGAACGUGGCAUGCCAGAAUGAAGCCACAGAGCGGCUCUUAAACGUUAUGGAGUGCCAAGCGGACAUGCUGCAGGUGCUACUAGCACUGCAAACCAAGCAGCUCCGCACCCGCCUUCUCCUGCAGCCGCAAAACUCUUUCCCAGGCAGCCCCCAGAAGCCAACACACUCUUAUCAACCUCCUGGAUCCAGUCUGAACCAUCUGCAUUCCGCUCCUGCCCAAUCACAGUCCAGCCCUGCGGACUCCCAGUACCCACUGCACUCAAUACCCAUCCGUCUGCAGUUAGGCCCGGCUGAAGUACAGUACCCGCUGCACUGUACUCCAUAGGACAAGGUUGCAU